CCCCAGGCGGGCGGAGGAGGCCGCGCCAUGGCCUCGCGCGGACGCUGCCGGUGGGCGCUGCUGCUGGCCUGGCUGCCGGCCGGUUGCCUCUCCCUCACGGUGACAGUGCAGGAUACUGAGCGUUAUACCACCUUAUUUGCCACUGUCGUCCUGAAGUGCGACUAUAGCACCUCAGCUCAGCUGCAGGAUGUGGUGGUGACCUGGCGCUUCAAAUCCUUCUGCAAGGACCCCAUCUUUGACUACUAUUCAGCCUCAUACCAGGCUGGUUUAGCUUUUGGCCAGGACCCAUCCGAUGACUGCAACGACAGCCAGCGAAAGGUGCGCAUUGUCAUCCAGAAAUACGGGCAGAAGGAUCCAGUGCUGGGUGUCGACUACCAGCAACGGAAGAUCACCAUUCAGAACCAGGCAGACCUUGUCAUCGGUGAGGUCAUGUGGUGGGACCACGGCGUGUACUACUGCACUGUGGAAGCACCAGGAGAUACCUCAGGUGAUCCAGACAAAGAAGUUAAGCUGAUUGUUCUCCACUGGCUCACAGUACUCCUCAUUGUUCUCGGUGGCCUCCUCCUCCUUAUGCUGAUUGGAGUAUGCUGGUGCCAGUGCUGUCCUCAGUAUUGCUGCUGCCACAUCCCAUGUGUCUGCUGCCCAACCCGGUGCUGCUGUAAUGAGAAAGUACUGGAACAGCAUCGAUUCCUGAAGCAGGCUCAGGCACUUGCACCUUGGAUGGCACCCAACGUGUUGUACGGAUCUGGUGACAGGAAGUCUCACCUUUCAUCUUACCAGCUGAACCCUCUACUGCAGCAAGAUGUGUCUCUGCAGAACAGUCUUCCACUGAUGCAGCCUCAAGCUCAGCGUUUUCCUAACAAGGAUGUUUUGGACUAUCUGGAGUCUGAAAUCCAAAACAUGAACAUGUCCCAGCUCCGGCCACCCUCCCUCCAGAAGCAGGCUGUGCAGCCCAGCUUGCUGUCUUCCCUGGGCUCUGAGAUCAUGCCGCCUCCUCUCGCUGAUCAUAUCUCCUCCAUGCAUGGGAGUGGCAACUCCUCACGGCCACAGAGAGCUGCCCGCACCACCAGACCCUGGGACUCUGCAGCAGAGGACAAGAGAGAAAAACGGAGAGGGCCUUUGCCUUCCAGUGGGGAUUCUCAUUCCAGCUACAGUCGGGAGCCCUGGGACCGGCAGCGAGAUGACCAUCCUCAGAGGCACAGGACGGGCGGCUACAAUGGCAGGCCCCAACACUCCAGACGAGAUGCAUCCCCCCCACGCCAGGCUGACAAGAGCAAGAGCAGCAACAGCAGCUCCUACUCAGAGGAGACCAAGGAGCGGUCCAGCCAUCACCGUGGCUGGAGACAGGAGGCCUCAGGGAGGCGAGACUACCAGCACCACACCAAGAUGAGCAGUAACUCAGGGCAGCGGCGGCACAGCUACUCACCUCCCUCUCGCCGGGGAUCGUGGAGCUCUUCGGAAGAUCACGCCCCUGUCCUAGAGAAAAGCCACAGGCGGCGGCACCGGUCUCCGGAAUGGCCAGAAGAUAAACCCCCCAGUUAUCUCUCCUUAGAAAUCAUCCCAGGUCAGGAUAAGAAGCAAAAAGGCAGCACAGGGCGAUGCUCGGACAGAGGGAGUUCUCACACUGGAAGAAGCAUCGUCAUUUAAUGCCAGGAAGAACUAAGAUUCCCACCAGACUCCUGUAGCUUUUUUACUGUGUAGGUUAGAAUGGCUGCUUUCAUUUGAACAGACAACCAGCAAAUAAACAGAUGAAGCAGCUUCCCUUUAGAUGUACAAUGCUGACAAAUUUGUGUCUAGUGUCCAUGAAGGCAAUACGUGACUCAUUUUUAUUCUUGCUGCAGUUUGGAAACUUAGGUUUGCAACAGACUGUGGUCCACUGAAAAUAUUCCAUUGGAAACAGCAGGUUUUUUUCAGCGCCUAGUAUAUUCGCAAUCUUUAAAGAGAGAUACCAGUUGUCUUGUUAGGUGCCCUGGCACUGCAAGGAGCCCAGUCCAUAGAGUGCUGGUCCUUCACAUAGCAGUUCUUGGAGAAGUGCUCCAAUGAUCACAGAGCUAUAAAGUCACAGGGCAGUAGGAUAAUUUAGGUUGGAAGAGGCCUCUGGAGGUCAUCUGAUCCAGAUCCCUGAGUGUUUGGUAUAGGGAGGCACAGCAUCUUCUUUCUAAGGCCAUCUAUUGUGCUUCGGAAUGUGUAAUGUUGGCUGCUUCUGCCUGGCUAGUCAGCAUAGUCAAGGCAGUUGCUUCCUUUUGUCCCCUGUAAGCCUCUCUCCCAAACAGGACCACAGUGUUGGAAGGAUGCUUGACUGCCUUAAUAAGGACUCACCAGCAUGUCUGCAAAUUGCCAACUUAUCUGCCCUAUACUGACUGAAACUACCUGCCUUACUUUAAGCUUAAACCUUAGUGCCUUAAAAGAUACUUGUUCUAACCUUUAACCCAGACUUACAUGUAUUUGUAAACUUAAAGGGUGAAAUUUACCAAGGUUUUGCCAUCCCCACAGGAGCUAAGCAAGGUAUGACUACUUUCCCUCACACUGUGAAGCUCUUUCAACUCUAGGAGACAUGGCUUUGAUGGAUCUACCUUUCCUAAGCCAUAUGCUCUUUUCCAUGCAUUUUAUAGUCUCCCUUUGUUCUCUGUGCCAUGUUAUCAUAUGCAUGGGCAGGGAUACAGGGCUCUGAAGAAGUUACCAUUUUUACUGUUGUCCUUGACACACCAACUCUGCACAUGUGGUGUGUCUGAUCUGUAGAUAGAUUGCAGUUUUUUCAUCUCUCACCUUGCAACUAGAACACAGGAUUUCUGUAUGCUCUAAUACCAGUUGCAUUGCAAAGGAGAAGAACGUGCCAUUUCUCCUUCAUGUGAUUCAUCCACUGUUUUCAUUUAAAAUGCACUGGAGGUUCUCCACAUGCUGGCUGCUUCCACAGGAAACUGGCUUGCCAGAGGCACUUCUUGGAUUCAAGAGAUUCAAACGCUGGCAAGGAGCUUUUGGAGCAUCUUGUGAAUUAUUUUGUAACCCAGAGGCACCAGACGUUGGCCAAUAUCAGUGACUGUAUUGCCUGGCUUAUUUCCCAGCCAGUGCUGUAUGAGACACUAGCUACCUUUCUUCUUUAAUCUCCUGAUUACUGAUGUGCUUAUGCUUUCCCUUGAAAGACUGACCUGGAGAGGAUUUCACUUUGCCCGCCUCCUGUUUCUCCUUUUCUUUGGACAUACAUCACACUUAGAGCAAAUGUUUGUAGCUGAAUAUCUGAUGCAUUUGCUUGGUUGACCAAAGGCUACUACAGAGAGUGCUCACUUUCCUACAGUUUCUUGACUGACAGUAAUUAUUUCAAAUUCCUGUGUAUGGAGAUAAAACAAGAGGACUCACUACCUUCCCUGGUUGACUUUGUUUCAGAACCAGAGGCAUAUUUUUUGAAGACAGAUGGACUGUUUAACAGCAGUUGAUGCCGAGAAUAAAAAAAAGAAAAGAAAAAGAGCUAAAAGACUAAUUCCAAAAUCUGAAUUCAAGAGUGGAAGGCUGUAUUAAACUUAGUCUAAUAACAGAGUAUUAGACACACACUGUGACUAUGUGAACUGGACCAUGAGUUACAUCUGAAAUACAGGGAACUAUGUUCACAGAACGCACAACUUUUGAAUCUGGUUCUCAGCCACUGGCUGUGAAUCAUUUUUAUUCUUACCUAAUCAUAUGAUGAGGCUUUAAUGCACCCUGUGAUCUAUGAUGGGUUAGUACUUUUAUUAGUUAAGAGUUGUUUAUGGUGACUGCAAUGACAGAAAAUAAUAUAUGGCUCCUUCCAAAACCAGCACUGUGUUUUGACUUUAGCAUUGCCCUCUGGAGAGUUUUAGCAGAUACCCAGGGCCUUGCAGAUUUUACCCUUGGAAGUUGACUUGGCGGCUUAGAAUUUUACUAUCUCCUUAUGCUUUUAAUAGGUCCAUUCAUCACACAAGACAAUAUUUUCCUGUCAUCUCAGCCCAGCACAAAUAUCCAGGUUUCAGGGAAGGGCUGCCCCUUUCCCUAUCAAGAGUAGAGGCUAUAGAGAUAUCAGGUGAGAUCCCAAGAUGGUAGCAUGGGAAAGAGUUCACACUUUAUUUUGCAUUCAAGAGUGUGUAAGCCAACAUACGUCCAAGAGAAAGAACCCCUUCACACAGCAAGAAAGCCCAGAUUACUUUGUGAAACAGUAGCAGCUGCUGAAGCUUACUACUGUAGUAUGAUCACACUAACUGCAGAGGCUGUGCUUUUUUAUCUAAGUCCUAUGAAUGAGCCCUCCAUCUUUAUUUGUUCCUCUAGCCCCCAUAACUGAGCAAGGGUGACUAAUUGUAGAUUGUGUGAAUACUAUUUGUGCUGUGUAAAGUCUGAAGAGUUUUAUCUUUGUCGUAGUUGAAGUGCUCUUCAGUCAUUUUGUUCAUAUUUGCAGAAACGUUAAACAAAACUCUUCAGGGCAAAUCGAUUGUAUCACAGUCUUAAUUCUGUAACUUCUUAAGCUGUGACAGAAGUAGAUUAGGUUAUCCAGCAGGGAAGCAGAAAUGGUACCAGGUUUACUGGUCCACAGACCAUUGCAGUUCAUAAAACACUAGUUGGUGAGCUGUGAAAUAAUGACAAAGGAAAUCUAUAUAUACACGCUUUAGAACUGCAAGCAGGCAGAACAGUGGGAAAGAAAUAGGCUCUGCUUUGAGUGCUUAUUUCUAUUUCUAAUUGGCUAUAAAUGAAAGCCAUUGUGACAGCACUGCACAAUACUAAGUGGACACUUUCUUCCAGUCAGAUUGCAGGGUCUUUGACUUUUAAAACAGAGAGGGAGUUGAGCAGCUCAAAUGCUCCAUGCUGAAAGAAAUAACAGUAGGAAACAGCCUUUCCUCGUUCUUUCUACAUUGCAGUUUAUUCAUGCUUAGUUUUUUUCAGCCAUUCCAAAGAGAUGGUGCUCAGCCCAUUUGUGAUAAAGAAAAGUUGAAUGUGUUUCACAUAUGAGAGUUAUUGCUAUUCUAGACUUUUCUCCUUCCUGUCAUGCAGCUGAAGAAAUUCACCUUAUCCCCAAGAAUGACUUUUCUGCCUUGGGUGAAGUGCCUUGAUAGCCACUGGAGUUACCCUCAUUUAAAAUAAUAACGCAAUGAGUAAGCGGCCACGUCACACAGGGCAGAUACGGACAUCCAUGCUGCUCCUGUGAGCUGCUUUCCACCUCAGACCAGAGAUUCAUAAGAGAGAUUAAAAUAAUCAUAUAAUUUGAUUAAGAAAGGACUUGCAAUCUCUGGCUUUCUUGCUUAUUUGCAGAGCACCCUGCCAUUCCAGAAUGCUGUUCCAUGAAUGGAGGGUAAGGGCUGCUGCUUGUGCAAUCAUUGAUCUGGAAUUGGCAAGUGCUUGUUUGGCAGUAGAAAGUGCUGAGAUGCCCAGUCGCUAUCUCUGGGACUGUAUUGAUGAUAACACUAGCUAAAGUUAGGCUAAUUUCAACAGCGGCAGGUGGGGGGGGAAGUUACCGUGUGUGAUAACGACCUCAGUGCAAAGCUCUUCAGCAGUGCAUAUUACUACACAGGGUAGCUAAGUCCCCUCUGUGUUACUACCUCCAGCAGCACAUCGCUUUAAAACACCCACUUAGUAUGGAUAGAGCUUUCCAUUUGUUGACCUGACAGAGAGAGAUGAUGCUCGAGGUUAUAUUAAAUUAACCCCCACAAGUAAUGACGGCAUGUUGCUAUUUCUGCUAAGUUUAAUGCCUAUAAUGUACCUUGUGCUGGUCUUCUGAAUAUUAUUCCCAGCUGUAAAAGCAGAUGGUAAAUGUGUAGAUUCUCUUC